AUGACACAGGUGCUCACCGGACACGGAUGUUUCGGGGAGUACCUGUGUCGAAUCAAGAAGGAGCGCACGACACGAUGCCACCAUUGCGGCUGCGAGCGUGACACUGCCGGGCACACACUUCAAGAGUGUGUUGCCUGGGCGGAAGAAAGGGAGAAGCUCGCGGCCGCAAUCGAGAGGGACCUCACAUUGCCAGCGGUGGUCAAGGCAAUGGUCACCGAGGAGGAGGCGUGGAAGGCGUUCUCCUCCUUCUGUGAGAAAGUGCUCUCACAGAAGGAGGAGGCAGAGAGAGAGGGAGAGGGCUGGGAGAGGUAA